GCCGCUGCGAUCUUGGAAGAUGAUGUUGGCAGAGCAAGCCCAGAAGUGGUACCCGACUCAUGUGCAGGUCACAGUCCUUCAAGCCAAAGGUCUGAAGCCGAAAGGUAAAAAUGGCAGCAACGAUGCCUACACCAUCAUACAGCUGGGCAAGGAGAAGUACUCCACCUCGGUGGCUGAGAAGACGCUGGAUCCCGUCUGGAAAGAAGAGGCCUCCUUCGAGCUCCCUGGAUUACUCAUGCAGGAGAAUCCAGAAAAAUACAUCCUGUACCUGAUCGUCAUGCACAGGUCACUGGUGGGGCUGGACAAGUUUUUGGGGCAGGUGGCGAUAAGUCUGAAUGACAUAUUUGAAGACAAGCAAAGACGGAAGACAGAGUGGUUUCCCCUAGAGUCCAGACAAGGGAAGAGAACUAAAGACAGAGGAGAAAUAAAAGUCAAUAUUCAGUUUAUGAGGAAUAACAUGACAGCAAGUAUGUUUGAUUUGUCAAUGAAGGACAAAACCAAAUCCCCUUUUGCUAAACUAAAAGACAAAAUGAAGGGUCGAAAAAACGAUGGGACUUUUUCAGAUACAUCCUCUGCAAUCAUCCCAAGUACUCACAUACCUGAUGCAAACAUAGAGAUAUGUAGUGGUGAAGUACAAGUGAAAUCAAAACCAAAAAAACCUUUCCUUUUGGGACCUCAGCGACUAUCCUCAGCUCAUUCGAUGUCAGAUUUAACAGGAUCGCAUGUCUCCUCAGAAAAAAUGAAAUCCAGCGCAGUUGGCUACUCUCAUCUUUUCAGGCGCCAGCUAGAAUCUUUUGGUUCGGUUGAUGAAGGUGGGAGUCUAAAAUCUCCACACAGAAGGACAUUAAGUAUUGAUACUUCUAAAAUGAACCCGCUUGACAGCACAGUUGAUGAAACUACACUAGAAGCGCAAAACGACCCGUUUACCAAUGUGACUGCUUCGUUACCCCAAAAAUUUGCUACACUGCCAAGACAGAAGAAUCCUUUUGAAGAAAGCCCGGCGACGUGGGAUCCGAACAUAAGUUUGUUUUCCAAACCUGUCGAAAUCAGAAAAGAAAUGAAAAAGGAGAAGAAAGAGAAAGUUAGUCUUUUUGAAAGAGUGACUGGAAAAAAAGAUAGCAAGAGGUCAGAUAAACUUAGCAAUGGAGGAUCAGACAGUUCUACUGACUUGAAAUCACCGAGUGCAUUUGGUGAAACUCAUCAGGAGAGUUUUGAUUAUGAGCCGACUAAUCCGUUUAUGACAAACUUCAAGCCUACAAGCGUGUUGCCAUCUUCAAGUAUUAAUAUGAAUCCUUCUGGCAUUGAGGAUCUCAGGAAAACAAUGGAUGGAAAUCCUUUCGACGCCACUGCAGGAUACCGAAACCUUACUUAUGAGGAGGUUUUGCAGGAGCUGGUGAAACAUAAAGAGCAACUUAAGAAGAAGGACACUCAUAUUCGUGAACUUGAGGAUUACAUUGAUAAUCUUCUUGUACGAGUCAUGGAAGAAACACCUAGUAUUCUCAGAGUGCCAUAUGAACCUUCUCGAAAAGCUGGCAAAUUUUCCAAAAGCUAAGACAGUGGUACUCGGUGGUACUUUCUGCUGAAUACAUUACUGGAAGGAAAUCACAUUUUAACACUUUGACUUCUCUUCAUUCCUUUUCGAGUAAGAAAUUCAAGGAAUCAGGGAAGGACGGUACUAUGAUCUGGGCUUUUUUCAUUUGUUUUUUACUCUGAACACUAGCAGGGAC